UACGUCAGAUAAGUGACAUUGGCUCCUAAGGCGUAUUUUUUUCUGAGGUUACCCUGCAUGCACUGGAAUGACAAGAUAAACAAAAGAGGUCAAGGUUCAUGGCACUUAUCAGUGGUGUAUCUUACUUUCAAUCCAUACAUGUGUUUACAUCUUCACACGACGUGUUCAGAGGAAUUUAUGCACAACAUAACUGCCCAGCAGAAAGAAAGAGGACAAGACAACACGUCCCCUUCCACAAGAUUUUUCAUGCAUGGGUAACAAACAAGAUGGCGGUGAGAGAGUCCGAGAGGUGGUUAAAAGACCUGAGAAUGUUAAGAAUAACAGUAACGGCCGCUCCAGGACUCGGCGUUUCCGGACAAAUUCACACAGUACAGGAAAAAGGAAACACAAAGUCAUACGGCUCAGCACUCAACAACAAUGUUGUCUCAGGAAUCCAGGAGACUUCGUCCGACGCCGAAAUCCGAGUACCAAGUGUGCAAAUUAUGUAGAAGUUGACAGGCAGGAAUAUGAAAUGGUAGAUGAUGCCGAAGGGAGGGACAUAUGCACUGGAAAAACGUCGAACAACAAGCAGGAUGAGCAUAGAGAUGACGUCGCAGUCUGUUGGCUUGAGGAUGAUGGCACUGAAAGUGAGGACAGCGAACAAUCGCUCAUCUACAGUAGCGGCAAUGGAAGUGAUGGAGAUGUAGAAGAGGGUGGGUAUAGAGCAAGUGUAUGUUUUUUUAAUGUACUCGUAAGUGUUGUGUCGAAAUUACCAAAUUGUCCAUCGAUAUGUUUUAUUUUUUUCAAACUAGAAUGCAGGGUAAGGAUGUUGCCAAGGAACCGCAAAUCCCCCGGUCUGCGGCGUUCACUGUCUGACUUCGACAUCAGCUAUGAUGAAAGCGGGAUACGGUCUCCAACAGGAAUGCCUAAGAUUUGCCGGUCUACAUCAGACGAAUAUUGGUCCAAUAUUCGUGGUUCUGCAUCAGAUUUUUGUAUCAGCAAUACCAGCGUGGAAGACAUGUACGGCCCUGUGAGACUCCUGGACCAGGAGACUUCUAGCAUGUCGGCGUUGCAGAUGUCAGAUCUGGAUGUUAGGUGUUACGUUAAGAAAGAAGUUAUUGGCAAUGACAAUAAGAGGAAGCACACAGCGCCAACAAUCGACAGGAGGGUAGCAGAACGUCUACGUAGUACGAAACCCUGGGCGAAACAGCAGUGCAAAGAUGACAAGGGCAGCUCCAAUAAGAAAAAGAGAAACAAAGAAAGAGUAUCGGGUGUAGCUGAGAGGCUCCUCUACAAUGCCCCACCUAUGGAGUAUGUGGAGGACAGCUCAGAUGAAAAACUUUCUGACGAGAACCUUGUCAUUAUGGGAAGCUUCAAGGCAGGAGAGGACAAUACCAGCAGACGACGAAGUUCACAACCAAUAGGAGCAGGAGCCAACAUACUCUCUGGUUUUGUGACUGGGGCUAAAACAUUCCUUCGGAUUCCCGAAAAAAGCACCGUAGAAGACCGGGGUAGGUACGAGGAUCACAUCCCAAGUAUCGUGCACAAUAUGGUCAUCGGAGAGGAUGCAGGAAAGAAACAAGAGGAGAAUUCAAGUUUACUGGACAGAUGUAAAAAGUUCUUUGCCUCAUGGACGACUGGUGAGUCAGAGAAGCGACGGCCUGCCUUCGUGGGCAGCUGGGAGGGCGGGGAAGACACCGGAAGUCACAGGGAUGCCGGGAACUCAGGAUUUAUAAAUAGUCUAAAGGAAUCUCUCUGGGGAGACAGUCCACGUGGGACACGAGAACAGUUCGGAUGGGACGGAGACCAGAGAAAACCACCAAUCAGCAGCUGGGUAGGAGGUGAGGACACGGAAAGGGACAAAAGCAAUGCCACAGAAGACUCAGGACCUCUGGGUUUCCUGGUUAACAGAGUACGGUCAUUUUGGAUGCCUUCUGAUAGGGCUGGUCGGGCGGGCAAGGAGGGUAAAUCGGCCGGUUCAGUGCUCACAGGCAGCUGGGCAGGAGGGGAAGACACCGGGAGAGACCAAGAGGAAAGGAAAGGACCGCCCAGUUUCAUGGAUAAGCUUCCGUCAUUGACAAUUUCUCCCCCUCCCGACGAGAAGUCAAACAGAAACACAGAUAACAAGGAGACGUUGGGCUGGCUCUCGCCCCAAACGUGGUGGUCAGCUGUAAAAGACCUCUUCGGUACGGAGUCAAAUGAGAAGGCGGAUCCUAGCUGGGCAGGACCAGCCUGUCGGAGGAAAGGGUAUCGGCGUAAGAGUUACGACAAAAACAGCGAGCAGAACACCUUAAAUGUACCACCAGUGAGCUGGUGGCCAGGGAACAAAAAUACCAAACGAAGACGUGGUUCUAAUUUGAGUUCAGACUUUUCGGACUCGAGUUUUUCGAUGUCAGACCUCGACUGGUUCUCAAAAGUAGCAGGAAGGAAAAAGACUGAGAGAAGAAGGAAGAAGACUGACCGAAAGGCAACCCUCGGCCCCUUUCAGGGGAUCUGGGAUUAACCAGUUCUAGUACAUGUAUAACGUGCUGACAAAGAAUCACCUGUUACAACUUAACGUUGGUAUAUACAACCGGAAUCCUCCAACUGACAGUCUUGUCACAUUUCAUUUUGUGAUACAUUGUAUAGUAAUGUUUUUAUAAAAUACACACUGCCAUCGACGUAAGGAAUUCUCUUUACAGUACCUUACCUUGAUUCUAGGGAUGUACUCAUCUCUGCAGCAAGAGUCAACAGGCUCGCAAAUCUUAUAAUCUUAUAAACAAACACUGAUGUAACGUUAAUUAGAAAACCUGUUGAAUUCAUCUAUGCAUGUUUAAAUGAAAAGGGAAGGUGUAUGUAAACUAUACAUUCAGGCGUUGUAAAGUUUACACACACUCUCUCUCUCUUAGAUAUGCAUAAUUCUACAUUUAGCUAUUUUCGGCACGAAUAUUAAAGAAAUAUCAUAUCGUUCGUUUUAACGAUAUACCUU